GGAAGUGUGAAGUCGGUAGUCAUGGCGCCGCUCUUUGGUGCAUCAAAUUAGCCGUGAAAACCUUCAGAUUCCUGCGUGUUUCCCGUCAUUUGUUUUCCUUUUCCGACUCGAGAGGAGACGCGCACAGAGUGAUGAAGCGUGGCCGGACGGAGCAGAUCCAGCACGCCGUGGCGCAGUACCUGAAGAGACGGCAGUAUGCUGACCUGGACAGCUCGCUGAAAGGGGCCAAGCUGUCUCAGUCUGCCGAGGAGAUGGCAGCCAACCUCAUGGUUCAGACAGAGUCCAGCUGUGGGAAUGUGGUUUCUGCAGCUCCGUGUCAGUCAGAUCCUCAACAGUAUGAGACUCAGUUCUCCAGGUUACGGAGCUUUCUGCUGGAGGCGGAGGUGCCGUUGGGCCGGGAGGUGAGUGUCGUGCUCUUCCCUCUCUUCCUCUACCUGCACCUGGACAUGGCGCGCUGUGGCCUGAAGGGUGCCGUCGACUCCUUCUUCAGCCGCUUCCACUCCUUCUUCCAGCAGGACGCUGAGCAGAGGGCCAUCGUGGAGCAUCUCCGAGGAGUCGUCACGCCGCAGGAUGUGGCCUCCAACUCCAAACUCUGCUCUCUGCUGGAGCACAAGUACGUGGUGCAGUUAACAGAUGAGGCCUACACGUAUCUGCUGCGCUACCUCCAGAGUGAUGACAACAGCACCCUCUGCAGAGUUCUCAGCACACACCUACAGGUGGAGGUUUCUGCUGUGCGUCGCUCUGACUACCAGCUCUACGGGGCGGGGCUCACUACAGGAAACGCCACCUCCACAUCCUGUUCCGGCAGCUGGUUGGGCAUGGACGGGACAGACGGGGCGGAGUCUGUAGACGUCACAGCGGGGUCACUACCUCAAAACGAGGCUGCCCUGGAAGCACUUCAGGACUGCAUCAAGCGUGUGCGCGACGGUCCUCCGUCCCUCACCACCAUCUGCUUCUACGCCUUCGAGAACACGGAGCAGCUACUGAACGCCGCUGAGGUGUCACCUGACAGCCGUCUGCUCGCUGCCGCCUUCGACAACUCCGCCCUCAAACUGUGGAGCCUCCGGGCCAGGAAGCUGAAGGGGAGGCCAUGUAGAGCAAACGUGUCCAAGAUACGCCUCGCCUGUGACCUAGUGGAGGAGGAGACAGAGGAGGAGGAGAUGGGCAGUGAGAUGAAGACCCUGCGUGGUCACAGCGGCCCGGUGUACGGCGCGGCGUUCCUGCGAGACUCCACAGGAUUGCUCUCGUGCUCGGAGGACUGCACAGUGAGGUACUGGGAGCUGCGAGGUUUCAGCAACACUGCCGUGUACCGAGGCCACGCCUACCCAGUAUGGGACAUAGCGGUGAGUCCGUGCGGACUGUACUUCUGCACGGCGUCACGCGACACCACGGCACGUCUCUGGACUCCGGCUCGCGCUCACCCGCUACGGCUCUACGCCGGACACCUGGCCGACGUCGACUGCGUGCGAUUCCACCCAAACUCCAGCUACGUUGCUACCGGAUCGACCGACAGGACCGUCCGGCUGUGGAGCACGCAGCACGGCUCCUCGGUGCGACUACUGACGGGACACAGAGGACCCGUACUGGCACUCGCCUUCUCACCGGACGGCAGGUAUCUGGUGUCUGCAGGUGAGGAUCAGCGGUUGCGGUUGUGGGACUUGGCGGCCGGCGGCGUGCUAAAGGAGCUGCGCGGACACACGGGCGCCAUCACCAGCCUGGCGUUCAGCCCAGACAGUUCGCUCAUCGCCUCCGCCGCUAUGGAUAACUCCGUGCGUAUCUGGGACGUUAGGAACGCUCACGGCGGCGGCGCGGUGCCUCCGGACGGCUCCAGCCCCGAGCUGGUCGGACUUUACACGGGCGAGACGAGCAGCGUCCUUAACGUCCAGUUCACCGCCUGCAACCUGCUGCUGGUCACCGGGACGGCGCAGGAGAAACACGAGCAGUGAACGGCUUCGCGUCUCGCGGCUACUUCAACACUCGGAUGCACUAAAUACACCCUCUACAUCUACGUCUGAUGGAGGCUCCGUGUUUUUCCUUUAAUUAGACUUCAGUUUCUAUCAACCAAGCAGCUAUUUGUACAUUUUCUCACACAAAGCUCUGAAUGUCACGAGAUGGUGUGUUCUGUUUCAGUGUCUCUUACUGUUUCAUUUUGUUGUCUGAAAAAUUUUUAUAUCUAAUUUUUUUUUUUUUGUAUCAAUGUGCAGGGCUUAGUGGUUUUUGCCUGUAAGGAAUUUUUUGUAUAUUCUUCUGUUAGGGCAUGUUUGUUUAACACCUUAUUUGAGAUAUUUGUUAUAGAUGAGAUGUAAGGUCUCAGAAUGAAGAAUAAACUCUGCAGAUGUUCUGGUUAAAGGUAAAACAUUCAUAUAUUGUCUGGAUCAUAUUUUAUUUACUUUCUUUCUCCAUCAUGCACCAAUACUUGGUUAUCUAUCACCAUGAACAAGGUCUAAAGAGGCCAUUUGUGAUCAUGAUUAGUGCCCUCUGCUGCACGUGACAUGAACUGCAAUUCCAAUUCAAACAAAUGUCUUCAGCUUGCCAUCACCCCAAUCCUGAUAAAAUAUUAAUAUUGCACAAAUCUUAAAAAGAACUGAUUCUAAUGUUAGCAUAUACAACAACCAGGUAUAACAUUAUGACCACCUGCCUAAUAUUGUGUUGGUUCCCCUUUUGCUGACACGUCCUGCACUGUGUAUUCUGAACCAGCAUUAACAACUUCUACAAUCUGAGCAACAGUAGCUCGUCUGUUGGAUCGGAUCACUCGGGCAAGCCUUCAUUCCCCAUGUCCAUCAAUGAGCUUUGGCUGUCCAUGACCCUGUCGCGGGUUCACCACUGGCCACGGCAGACCUGGAACACCCCACAAGAGCUGCAGUUUUGGAGAUGUUCUGAUCCAGUGGUCUAGCCAUCACAGUUUGGUCCUUCGUCAGACUCAAAGCUCAAAUCCUUACGCUUGUCCAUUUUUCCUGCUUCUAACAUCAACUUUGAGGACAAAAUGUUGACUUGCUGCCUAAUAUAUCCCACCCACUAACAGGUGCCAUGAUGAGGAGAUCAUCAGUCUUAUUCACGGCACCUCUCAGUGGUCAUAAUGUUAUGCCUGAUCGGUGUGUAUAUUAUUACACUAACAAACCGGCAACAUAUCAGACGUACUGUAUCUCAUGAUUAAUGACUGAAGCAAAACUGUAAACUGUGCUCCAAGAAAAUAUCAGGAGGAGGAAACGCAACAUCUUCCUACACUGAUGUCGUUGAUAUAACCGUAUCAGCGAGCGUGGUGAUUACUCAGUCCCUUCAUCAACACCAAAUCUAGCAAACUCCAUGAUAUUCAAAGGAACUUGCGAAGCACAGAUGUCCACCAUCGGGAUCCUUAUUAACCCAACAGAACAGAGCUGAGUAAAAUCCCACCUGACUGAUGACUACUAAUAAAUAGAAGUAUGGUGUGUAUGGAAUAAUAAGAGUUAAGAGUAGCUUUAUUACUGUACGUUUCACUCAAAUAAGAAAUGAGUGUGUCUUUAUCUCUCCCUUUAAAUAAUCAGCCCUAUCCUGAUGACGUGAUUUCCGUCAGCUGUUUAUGAAUGCGCCGGGAUUAUAGAAGGCAUGCGGGUGAGUGAAAUGCCAGGCGAGCGCACAAUGGGGCGAUGCGUGUUAUACAUUCUUGGCAGCGUGUCGGCGGUAGUGAGGAGGGCGGGGAGAAGAGGCUUUAAAGAGGAAAAACGUGUCUGACGUGUAGCUGUGAGACUGAUGAAGACUGUAUCAUCAGUAUCACUUCUCUGCUGUAAAAGAUGAGGAUUUCUCUGGGUGGAUUGUUUUUUUCUUUCUGUGUGUGUGUGUGUGUGUCCGAGGCUCUCACUGUACACGUCUCCAUCUAUUAAACUUUAUACUUUUUCAUA